AUGCUGGAUGUAUGUCGAGACAGGCCUUAUCUGUCGCGUGCAGAAUUUAUUCAUGUGCUGUUCCCAACAACUCAACCUAAUUUGAAAGCUACCUAUCUUAUCAAGUUAGUUCUCAAACAUUAUAAUGAUCCGAUGUUAAAUAGGUUCAAUUUUCGAAUGUGUUUAGUCCAUGCAUCUAUGCUUCUGUUUCCAGCAUCUCCGAAUCAAGCUUUCCAUUAUGCUACCAAGGCUUACAAUAAUUUGAACAAUAGUGUUGAAAAUGAAAUGAAAGAUUGGGAGAUCAGUCGUUCUGAUGCUGCGGAACUAUUGGCUUUUGCGUUUGGUAUACAAAAUGAUGACACAGUUAAACGCGUACUCGAUUGUGCCUAUUUCAUACGUGAUUCUGUGUUAUCGAAUUAUUCUGUACACUCGGACUUUUCAGCGCAUGGGAUCAGCGGACAUUACUUAUACGAAGGACUUUUAGGUCAACUUCCAGAUCUGGCUAAUUGUUAUGUUCAUUAUGAUACUGAAAUACGGAAAGUAUUUAAAGGUCGUCGUCGUCCACUUGUCGAGUCGUCGUCUACAUCAGAAAGCAAUCUUAAUGAAUUGAUGUUGGCACAAACAACUUCGUUCCCUUCAUCUUCCACUCAUAUUUACAAAGACAACAAAAACACUACAAAUCAGAAAAAUAAUCUAAUUGUCAAUAACUUUGAAUGCAUUGAUAUAACUGAAAUUCCAUCUAGUGAAAUUAUUUAUUUCAAGGACAAGUUCGAGGACAUUGCUAACCUAUCCAGUAGUUCACAAAAUGAUAACCACAGUAGUAACAUUCGUAGGCGGUUAUCUGAACGUAGAAUGUAA